CCUGUGGACGGUAGAUAACAUGACAUGAGCAUGCAGCCAUGUAACCUAUAAAGCCCCCAGUCACUCUCUUCUGUUUCAGCAGCUGUCUGCACGUCGACAAUGGCACAUAAACAUAUAUUGUGGAUCUUUACCCUAACUGCUUCACUCAAUCUCUCAGUGAGUCAUGGUCCUCUUGAAGGAGUGAGCGACUAUGAGGUGGUCCGACCCAUCAGGCUACAUUCUCUGCAGAAAAGAGAAACACAAUCAUCCAGACUGGAAACUCUGAAGUAUGCAAUGAGAGUGGGUGGGAAAGACAUUGAGAUGCAUCUGGAGAAGAAUGGCGAAUUACUCACCAACGACUAUAGUGAGACUUACUACACUGAGGAUGGUACACCAGUCACCUCUACACCUCGGGAUGUGGACCACUGCUACUACCACGGCACCAUUGUGAAUGACAGUGUGUCAACGGUUAGCAUGAGCACCUGCGAUGGACUCAGGGGAUAUUUCAGAACAGCCGCCCAAAGGUACCUGAUUGAGCCUCUGUCAGGGGGGGAUGAUGGCGAUCACGCAGUGCUGAAAUACGAGGACCAGAGCUCCAAGCCUGUGAUGUGUGGAGUCACCAACACUAGCUGGAAUGCAGACUACCCUCCCAUAACUAGCAAGAGCCGCUCUCGUGGCUCAGGUCCAUCUCUACUUCAACAGCAAAAGUAUGUUGAGCUCGUCCUUGUUGCAGACAACCGUGAGUACAAGAACAUGAAAAGUAACCUCAGAGAGCUGCGUAAGAGGAUAUUUGAAGUGGUCAACUUUGUCAACAUGGUAUACAAGCCCCUCAACACCUUCAUUGCCUUGGUUGGUCUGGAGGUGUGGACAGACAAUGAUAAGAUAUCAGUGACCGCCCCUGCUGGUGCCACCCUGGAUGCCUUUACCAAGUGGAGGAACAGCGACCUGGUCAACACCAAGCGUCAUGACAACGCACAUCUCAUCAGUGGCAUUGACUUUGAGGGCUCGACGGUGGGUCUGGCCUUCAUUGGGACUCUAUGUUCAGAUCAUUCAGUUGGGAUUGUGCAGGAUCACAACCCCAGGGCCAUUGCUGUAGGGGCCACAUUGGCCCACGAGAUGGGCCACAACCUGGGCAUGAACCACGAUGACUCCAGUGCCUGUACUUGUUCUGGGAAUAGUUGUAUAAUGGCUGGGGCCCUCAGCUGGGAUAUCCCAAAGUCAUUCAGUAGCUGCAGUAGCGUAAGCUAUGAACAGUUUCUGAAUAAUCGUAACCCUGAGUGUCUGCUGGACAAGCCAGACUACCGGAAUGUGGAAUCAACCCCAGUGUGUGGCAAUGGCUUCAUGGAGACAGGAGAGCAGUGUGAUUGUGGCUCCCUGGAGGAGUGUAGAAACCCAUGCUGUAAUGCCACCAGCUGCACACUGACUAAGGGCUCAGAGUGUGCUGCAGGAGCGUGCUGUGACAACUGUAAGAUAUUGUCCUCGUCCAGAGAGUGCAGAAUGAAGCAUGAUGACUGUGACUUGCCAGAAUACUGCACAGGGGAAUCAGCCGACUGUCCCGAGGACGUCUUCACUGUCAAUGGGAUUCCCUGUGAUGGAGGACGUGGGUACUGCAACAACGGCCAGUGUCCACAGCACCACGCCCAGUGUGUGAAAAUGUAUGGACCAUCUGCUGAAACCGCCAGAACGUUCUGCUAUGAGCAGAACACCAGAGGACUGUACUACGCCUACUGUAAACGGCCUUCAAAGGACCAGUACAUCCCCUGCCAGAGACAAGAUGUGCAGUGUGGGAAACUCUUCUGCAAGAACGGUAAUGACAACCCCAACUAUGGUCGCAUGGUGAAAUUCUCAGACUGCAAAGCCUCAUUCUACGAUGAUCACACCAGUGAUUUUGGACAGGUGGACACUGGGACCAAGUGUAAUGAUGGAAAGGUGUGCAGCCAGAAUGAAUGUGUGGAUUUUGAGACGGCCUACGGACCUAGAGUGACCAACUGCUCGGCACUAUGUAAAGGACAUGCUGUGUGUAAUCACAAAAUGGAGUGCCAGUGUGAGCCAGGAUGGUUACUUCCCGGCUGUGAUGCAAAGGAUAAACGUUUCACAGGUCUCUCCAGAGAAGGACUGAUUGCCAUUGUAGUGACAGUCACUCUGCUGCUCCUGGCUGCUAUUGCUGGGGUAGUGGCUGUGUUCCUUAAGAAGAGACAACAGUCCCCCACUCUCCCUAGCUACCAUACCCAGCAGAAAACCUAUAAAGGGUACAACGACCACAAUAACAAACUGCCAAUCCCCAGCCAAAACAACACUAUGCCACAACAGCCCAAGCGACCAAAGGGUGCUCCGGCCCCACCCCCUCCUGCUGCUAACCAAUCACGAGCCCCAGCCCAUGACUUCAGGGCCGUACGACAGGCUUUGAGGCCCCCACCCCCACGGGUCUGAUGUCACCAUCGAGAGGAGAGGAAACAAGAGGAUCACACAGACCUUACCAAGACCUCAAAUGCAGGGCCGCCAGAGCUGAGUGCAGUUAGUGCAUUGAGACCUCACGUCUUUAGGAUAGUUUUACAGAUACAGUUGAAGUUUACACACACCUUACCCAAAUACAUUUAAACUCUGUUUUUUACAAUUCCUGACAUAUAAUCCUAGUAAAAUUUCCCUGUCUUAGGUCAAUUAGGAUCACCACUUUAU